CAGAUCACAUUAUUGAUCAACGCAUCAGGAUACACUUCAAUCAAGGUCUAACACAGGCAGAAAUUGCACUGUGCCUUUCUGUUAGAGAUGGCAUUCUGAUAAGUCCUCGUCAUUUAUGGAGAAGACUAGCCCGGUUACAACUUUACAGGCGACGGUUAAGUGACCCUGCUGAGAUUGUUAACUUCAUUAGCAACCAGAUAAGAGGACCGGGUGCACGAGAGGUGUAGAUUGGCUGGACUGCGCGUUACUCGAGACAUGGUUCAGGAGGUUCAGUCGCAUCUUGACCCAGAGGGCGUACAGCAACGGAGAGGAACAAGACUUCGGAGAAGAUGUUAUAGUGUCCCAGGGCCCAAUUAUUUAUGGCAUAUGGACUCCUAUGACAAGCUGACCCCUUUCGGCAUUGGAAUAAACGGAUGCAUUGAUGGGUUUUCGCGUCAUAUAAUCUGGAUGCAAGCAAACUCUUCCAAUAGUAACCCCAAAAUCAUCGCAGCAUACUUCAUGAAUGCAGUCACGAGACUUGGGGGUUGUCCAAAAAUAAUCCGAUCGGAUUUGGGAACUGAAAAUGUCCAUGUUAAUAGGCUGCAAUACUUCUUCCGAGAAGAUGAGACUGGCGUUGUGCAUGGGCCGUGUGUGUUCCAAGGACGCAGUACAGCAAAUCAACGGAUCGAAAGCUGGUGGGGGAUCUACAGGAGACAGAACGCAAGCUAUUGGAGGGACGUCUUCCAGGAGUUCCAAGCAACUGGAGACUUUAAUGGGGAUUUCAUAGACAAGGGUCUCAUCCAAUUCUGCUUUCUGAAGAUUAUCCAAAAUGAGCUAGACACCGUUGUGACAAUGUGGGACAACCAUCGCAUUCGAGCAGGUGGAAACGGACACCCUAAUUAUCAUGGGAAACCAUGUCUGAUGUAUAAUGUACCUGAGCUCUAUCACGCACAAGAUUAUUUGCAUCCACUACAGAAUGAAAGAGUGGGGAUUGUUCUCCAAGAGGACAUCUGUCUGUGGAAAACAGACAUUCCCUGCGACCAGGACCUGCAUGAGCUCGGUUUGAUGGUGAUGGAAGAGAACAACAUAGCACACAGUCAUAACGCGACAGAGGCAAUACGACUUUACAAAGACCUGAGGCCAUUAAUAACAGAACUCGUGCCAGAGCCUCAUCGCUGAUGUUGAUGUAGCAUACAGACACAUGCACUGUCCGUGGUUCUUAAAACAAUGAUGAUGAUGGCAUUUCCAGUGAUGAGGCAUCUCCAAAAGUUUACAUUUUUCAGGUAUUAUUGGUCUUUGCAUGAGUUGAUAUCUUUUACUAA